CUCACCUAUGUCUAUGGUUGUUUGCGUUACAGGGCCUGCGGAGUAUGUUGUGCGCGAGGGGCAGCCUGGGGAUGGAAUUUAUUUCAUAUGGGAAGGAGAGGCUGAGGUCGCCGUUCAUCCUGACGAAGAAAAUCGUUCCGAGUUUCAACUGAAAGGAUAUGACUACUUUGGUUAUGUCGGUAUUUCCUCUUAUGUUCAUCAGCCAGAUGUGAUUGCUUUGACCAAGCUAACCUGCUUGGUGCUGCCAAAAGAGCACUGCACUUUGCUUCAGCCAAAAUCAAUGUGGAAUGCGGAUAAGACAGUUGAGACAUGCUCUUUUGUGGAGAGAAUCUUGCACUUGGAACCAAUAGAAGUGAAUUUAUUCCAGGGUAUCACCUUGCCAGAUGCUCUAAAUUCUGGAAAGGUCUUUGGAGGACAGUUCGUUGGACAGGCAUUGGCAGCAGCAUGUAGUGUUGAUUGUGGUAAGGUUGUGCACAGUAUGCAUGCCUAUUUUCUUCUAGCUGGGGAUCUUAAUAUGCCAAUAUUAUAUCAAGUGCACCGGAUACGUGAUGGGAAGAGCUUUGCUACCCACAGUGUAGAUGCAAUACAGAAAGGAAAUGUCGUCUUUACAUUGCUUGCUUCAUUUCAAAAAGAACAAGAAGGGUUUGACCACCAGAAGGCAACAAUGCCAUCAGUUCCUGCUCCUGAAAUGCUUUUAUCAAUGGAAGAGCUACGUGAAAGACGUCUCACCGAUCCCCGUCUUCCGAGGAACUAUCGGAACAAAGUUGCCACUAGAAAAUUUGUCCCUUGGCCCCUAGAGAUAAGAUUUUGUGAGCCUAGCAAUGCUACGAAUAAGAUGAAAUCUCCUCCAAGUUUGAGGUAUUGGUUUAGAGCAAAAGGAAAUCUUUCAGAUGACCAGGCUUUGCACAGAUGUGUGGCAGCGUAUGCUUCGGAUUCGAUAUUUCUUCAGGUUAGCGUGAAUCCCCACAGAAGCAAGGGUUUGAAGAUUUCUUCUGUGAGUUUGGACCACGCGAUGUGGUUCCACCGGCCGUUUAGAGCUGAUGACUGGAUACUAUUUGUGAUUACGAGUCCAGCUGCCUACAAUGCCCGGGGCUUUGUUUCUGGAGAAAUGUUUACUAGAAGUGGACAACAUAUUGUGUCAUUGACACAAGAGGGGCUACUUAGGACGGUUAAAACGCCAAAUUCAACAUCAUCAUCAUCAUCAAAGCUAUGAUCUAAUGUUCUCUACAGUGGUCAUAACUCAUAAGGGACACUACACUGAAGUUGAACCUUAUCAUUUUUCCCUCCGUUUUAUUACCAGAGAAAUUAAUAUGCAAAUUGCGAUCCCAGUCGGCUUACUGUCAGUUUUUUAAAUUGAAUAUUAUUAUAUUUCCAUGACA